GCAAAUGUCCAAAGCAAUUAUUCCAUUAUCAUGAAAUUAUCCAACUUACUUGUUUCCUUGAGCGUUAUUGUUGGCGCUUUUGCUAAUUCCCCAAAUAUUUAUUUCAAACCAGACUACAGCCUUGAUGGCAAAGUCGUCAAGGUGCUGCAAAAGUGGAAUGUCGGAGGCGACAAGGUAGAAGGAUACUACUAUGGAACCUUGUUUUACUUUGCCACUCAAGACGCAGGUUACUUUGGCCCUCAACCCCGUAAGGAAGGCACCACUAACCACUUAACAUACAGUGUUUUUGGGUACGGUCCUUACUCUGACCAUCCAAAUUGUUAUAAGAGUGCUGAUGGCGGACCAGGUGUCUCAUGUGCUGUGGAAUUUCCAUGGGAGUACGGAAAGAACUAUACACAAGUAAUGGAGAGGACCGCGCACAACGAAGAUGGCAGCAACAGAUGGACCGGUACUUUGAUUGAUGAUGCAACUGGCGAGACAGUGGUCACCAUCGGUGAGUACUGGACCCCCAAAAACUAUUCCCUACUUUCAAGCGGAGGUCUCACUUUCAACGAGUUGUAUUGGUUCACUCCAAAAGGAAACGAAUGCAUUCCCAUUAGUACCUAUGUUGGAUUUUGGCCUGAGGUGACACUGGAAGAUGGAACCGUUUUCACAUCUACUAUCAACACUUUUACUGGCCUUGAUCAGCUUAUUGAUCCAUGUGGCAAGGCAGCUAACAAAUCCAAUCAAUUGGCUUACGAAAUUCCUGGAGGGUUUGUAUUCCAGAAUGGUUGGCUCAACUCUGAAUAUGAAGAAAAGGACUAAAAGACAAUUUAAAACGUAUAAUAGAAUCUAUUACUCUUAACUGAGGCUACAAUAAUAGUCAACAUGUACAUAUAGUUGAGUCUAAAAGUGAGCACUCUUGUUAAUUGUAUUAAUUCAACAUUACUUUAUAGAAAUGUUCAAUUAGAUUACGAUGGCUUUUACUCCACUCGGAGUUCUCAGGGUUGCGUGUUGAGUUGCUUCAAGUCCAGCAUUAAUGCUGUUGAAUUAUCAACUGAUAGCCACUUACGUUUUGUUGCGUUGGAGCCCACCCCAUUAACUAAAGAGUGAUUAGAACAAGUAAAGUUUUCUUGACAUCUGCAAAGUAAAUGUGCUUUGCUAAAGUUCGCACUUUCUUACCAUGUAUCGAUAGACUUUAUAUACAACAUACAAUAAC